CAUCCACAGGUUAUCCCAAACCGCAGAAAGUCGCGCAGCUGCUGCAGAUUCUUAUAUGACAGUCGGUGGUUGCACCUGCGGGCAUGUUGCACCGGUGAGGACAGGCUGAAGAUUUAUGCUGUUGCCGGAGACCUAUUCAACUGACCAGCCGGUCUGCAGCGUGGAGGGGGCGCAAGACAUGUCUCCGUUAUUCAUGGAUACCGUUUAUGAAUCCAACAGCUCCGGCUCGCUCUCAGCUGAUUGCAACAGCAACACUGCUGGCUCGGAAAAAGAGGGAGAGGGACCAGGGACGCAAUACAGAGGGACUAAAAGACGACAGAAGAACAGAGAAGCAGCGAGGAAGAGCAGGAAAAAACAGACAGAGAGGGCUGAUGAGCUCCAUGAGGAGCUGCAGCAUCUGGAGCAAUCAAACUCUGCCCUUCAAAAGGAGAUCGCUACAUUGAAAAAAGAGGCCAGUCGCUUUACAACAGUUCUGGAGCAACACAAGCCUUUCUGCUGCCUCAGAGCAUCGGGGUCUAGCUUAACCAACCGCCUCUCUGUUUCCCCAUCGCCAGUUGAUACCACACUUCCUCAAAACUCCUCCAGCCCUUCCAAGAACCCUCACCAGACCUCAUGCUCCACUUUGACAGCUGCACCCUCUCCUUCUACCUCUGCAACUCCCAGCCUAGGUCAUCACACCCAUGACUGCGCUGACAACACUCAACCUUCACCGUCGUCUGGGUUGCCUGCCGAACUCUUUACCACCUCAUCCUCCUCCAGUACUACCUCCGGCAGCUUGGCUAGACCUCUCGCUCAACCUGCAUCCUUGGUGCCACCUCUUGGUGAUCCCUUAAGUGAUCUCUCCCUUUCUGAGUUCCUGGAGGUCAAUGAUUGGAUACUAAGUGGGACUAGCAACCUGUAG